AUGACCAAUCGGAAGGAGUGGCUGCAAAAUUUCAGAGCAUCACCGAUCCCGUACGUGCUGUUGGGAGACGAGGGGAAACUUCCUGUGAAAGGGGAAGGAGAUCUAGUGCUGCAAAGUGCUUAUGGUGAGGUGAAACUGGACAACGUGCUGCUGGUGGACAAGCUCACACUCAACCUCAUAAGCCAAUCGCAGUUGGACAGCGGUGGGUGCGAGACUUUCAGUGACAAGGGCAGCAUAUGGGUGUUCGGUUCGGAUUGGAAGGUGAUAGCGGAAGGAUCACGCAAGCAAGGGCUGUACGAGAUGAAGCUGCACGAAAAACAGAGUGGGGAGAAGCCCACGUACAUGGCUGAACCGGAAGCGGGCAAGGUGGCACGAGAUGAGCUACGCACCAAGUUGAAAAAAGUUCCGAUCAAGGAGCUGCAGCAGCAGGCGCUUCCUAUGGCUGCAGCAGUGAGCACGGUAGACGUCAACCUGCUGCACAGGAGGAUGGGGCACGCUGGUCACACUCGAAUCAAGCAGCUGGUCAAGAAGAACAUGGCAGCAGGAGUGAAGGUAGCCGAGGGUGGAGAGGAAAAUCUGAAGUGCAGCACUUGCGUGGAAUCAAAGGCAACAAAGGCACCACAUCCCAAGCAUGGAGUCCGUGAGCCAUACGAGACAAUGGCUAUUGUGGCAGCCGACGGUGAAGAAGAAAAUGAUAAGGGAGAAGAAGCGGGUGACAGCGCAACGAAUGAAGCCGGUGAGGAAGAAGCUGAGAUUUCUGAUGUGGAAGAGAGUGUGGCUGAAUCUGCCAGCACGGGGUACUCCGACCCAUGGCGCAUCAUUGACACGGGGGACAAUGAAAAGGCGGCAGCAGAGAUUGAAGACCUACUUGUGGACGGAGCGAUCAUCAUCGGAAGAGAGAUUGAAGGAGAUUCCGUGCAACAAGGAACGGAUGAUAAUGCAGCAGCAGAGAAAGGUGGAGCUGAAAAUGAGAAUGAGGAGAUGGGCAAAGGGAAACGGGUCAAGAAACCCAACCUCAAGUUCCAGGACCCCCAGCUAUUCACAGAGUUCACGGGCUGGCACACGGUCACAGUGCGCCUGCCAGACAACGACUGGUUUCAGGACCCCCAGACAUUCACGGAGCUGACAGGCUGGCACACAGUCACAGUGCGCCUGCCAGACAACGACUGGUUCGUCUCCCUCACUGCUCCCACCGGGGGCGUGGGCGUCUAUGUCUAUGAGUCCCUAGGGAAGAAGACCACAGGCGCUUCAGAACCUGGCACAGACUCCUCCUCUGGUGUUAACAGCUCAGGCUCAGCUGCUGAAGGCUCGUCGACUCAAAAGUCAACUCCUCCACCCGCCUCGCCCACCGCUUCGCCUUUUGAGUCGACUCAAAAGUCAACUCCUCCACCUGCCUCGCCCACCGCUUCGCCUUUUGAGUCGACUCAAAAGUCAACUCCUCCACCCGCCUCGCCCACCGCUUCGCCUUUUGAGUCGACUCAAAAGUCAACUCCUCCACCCGCCUCGCCCACCGCUUCGCCGUCCACAAAGGAGUAUCUGCGGCCUUCCAACGGCACGGGGGCGAAUGUGCUGCUGGCGAGCGUGGAUGGGUGUGUGGAGGACGGCGAGAGCGGUCUGCAGCGGUGCAGACAGGUACGGUGUGGUGGUGAGGUGUUGGACGCGGUGCAUGUGCAAGCAGGGGUUUGCAGCGGUGCAGACAGACCUGUGCCAUAUGGACUAUCUGUCUCCCGCAACUGUGCACCAGAAGCAGCAGCAGCACUGGCAACACCACCAACAGCACCAGUCCUCACUCACUCCCUUCUCUUCACUCCUCUCCCUCGCGUCUCCCAUGCCCCAGACCUGUGCCAUAUGGACUAUCUGUCUCCCGCAACUGUGCACCAGAAGCAGCAGCAGCAGCACGGGCAACAGCAGCAGCAGCGCCGCAAGCACCAGUCCUCCCACGACUCUGCCCUCCUGUUCCUACCGUCCCUCCUGCCCCUCACCUCCUUGCCUUGCCCAUACCCUCCUCCGGUGUCCCCCUUCUUUCCCUCCCCAUACAACGCUAGUCCCCUGCAGCAGCAGCAUCCCAGCCACCUACAACAGCAGCGGCACCGACAGCACCAGCAGCAGCAGCACCAGCAGCAGCAGCACCAGCAGCAGCAGCACCAGCAGCAGCAGCACCAGCAGCAGCAGCACCAGCAGCAGCAGCACCAGCAGCAGCAGCACCAGCAGCGCCAGCAGCAGCAGCACCAGCAGCAGCAGCACCAGCAGCAGCAGCACCACUCCUCUGCUCCUGAAGCGCUCCCCAUGUCCUCCCCGCACCCCUCUUGGCCUGCCGGGUCUCUCUUGGAUCCCUGGGCUGGCAUGGCGUCAGUGCAGCUGGUAUGUACUCUGAGGCAAGUUCUUCCCAUGCUCUCCUUCAGUCCAGUCUCCACGCUCCUCCUCACAAGAGUGCCGGUGCUUUUCGCUCCAGCCGACAGCUCUUCCCCUCUCCACCGACCUCCUCAUUCCUCCCAGCCACCGAAGCUGCCUCCUUGCACCUCACCCACCCUUCCAUCCCCUCAUCCUCACCCAUUCUCCCCCCCACCCCCUCCAGCCACCUCCUCCCAGCCAAUCGCAGAAGCCCAGCGGCUCGUGCGGCAACUGACGGAUCAUGCAGAGCUGGUGGAUUACAUUCGAGCAACGCACCGCAGUCCCUCCCGGCGCUUCUCUGCCGCCCAGCAGGCUCUUUUCGUCCGCAUCCUCGUCAUGGCGCUGCAGUCAGUCGUGCAGAAGAUGCCGAGCGAUGCCGUCCAGGCUGCCACCCACUUGCUGCACAUCUUCAACGACGCAGUGGUCUCGCCAGACGCCUCGCCGUGCCCCCAAGCGGAUUUUAUGGUUCUAUGGGACUCUGCGUCCUUCACCCGCCGCGCCAUAUCAGACGGGCAGCGGGUCACGUGGGUGUGGAACGACGACGACUACCACGAGCUCUCAGCAUGGGCGGGUUCGGAGCCGUUUCUUGGGUUUGGAGCGGGGCGGCUCGGCCUAUCACGGCUUGCCACAUGUGCAUGGGAUAACAUUGGGCCCAGAGAUGCCUCGGAUGAGCCUGCGCCAUGCGUGCUGCGUUCUCCCGACGACACAUCACCUCCCCAAUUCGCAUACACCAAGGUGUUUGGCACGGCUCGAGACAUAGCUGUGAAGGACUCGCCUCAGUCACUCGCAUUCACCCUCAUCCGCGCCAGGAAUGAUUCAGCACCCCAGCCCCGCGACUCUCUCCCCCCCUACGCGCUCCUCCUCGCCUCUCUCUGUGCGCCGGACUGCCGUCUCUCCAUGCUCGCCAACGGCCGCUGCGACCAGCCCUGCAACGUGGCUCUCUGUGACUUCGACGGGGGGGACUGCGCUUGCGGCGGCGCUGGCAGCGGGAGUAUUGGAAGCAGCGUGAGCAGCGGCAGUGAUGCUGCUGGUGCUGGUGGUGGGAGUGGGAGAGGAGGCAGCGGCAGUGGCAGCAGUGGCGGUGGUGCGAGUGCGGGUGGGAGUGUGGGAGGAGGAGUGGGUGUGCAGUGGUGCACAUGUCCUGUGUUGCAGAUACGGGGCGAUGAUGGAGCGUGCUGUGAAGCAGCAGGAGCAGGCACGGGCAUCAAGGUCCCCUUCAGUCUGCAACGAUUCGGCCCCACAGUGCAUCCCCUCCUCUCCACUCUCGGCAGCACCGCUACUGCUCUGCCUCGUGUUGUGUCCCAAUACAACAGGGUGCUGAUGGGUCUCAUCAUCGUACAAUACCGCUGGGACUCUGCAGACUGUGCCACGAGCAGGUUUCACUUCCAGGACUUGUGUGUGAGAGGCGAGUCAUCCGAGGCUUUCGGGGUGAACCCAGUCUUCCUUCCGUCCUCCUCGCUGUACAACGCCAAUGCUGCUGCCAACAUGACCGCCUACACCAACGAAACAUUUGCCAAUCCCUUUGAGCUUAACGCCAAGGGGUUGCCAUAUGGCUUUCAGCAGCUGCCUGGCAGCAGCCGCUUCCCGCUGGUGUUUGAUGUGAAUCUGGACAACGGGGCAGCAACACGGCGGCUGCAGUACCUGGUGGACGGGUUCUUCGUGGACAACUACACGCGCAGCAUCGACGUUGUUCUUAUCACUCGCAACGCCAAUGAGCAACUGUUCACCGCCACCAAAGCCACCCUCUCCCUUCAGCCGGGCGGCAGCAUGGACGCUACUUUCCUAAUCCAGCCGGUCAACGUGGAAUACUACGACCUGAAUGUGACAAACAACGUGAUACGGCUCGUCCUGGAGCUGCUGUUUGUGGCCGGCGUGGUUUGGAACGUAGUGGAGGAGGUGAAGGAGAUGAUGUGGAUUUGGAAGGUGCAGCGAAGGUCCUUCUGGCAUUACUGGCGGCAGGGGUGGAACUGGGUGGACUGGCUUUCCAUCUCCGUCCAGAUUCUCUGCAUCUGCAUGUGGAUAUCAAUGGCAGUGCUAUCCGGGCAGAGCUUCAACAUGCAGGCACGCUACAACAUCUACUACACUCUGGAUGAGUACCCGCGCUACUGGGCCCUCCCCAACCCGCCCUCGGGGUACCUGGCUGCAGUGGCUGCUGCUGACAAACUGGGCAGUAUUAUCAACACGAGCUCAGCUUACUUCGCUCUGCAGGGCAUGAAUGUGUUCAUCAUGGUGCUGCGAGUGCUCAAGCUGAUGGACUUCCAGCCGCACAUGGGCAUCAUCACUCGCUCCAUCCGCGUCGCCCUCCCCUCCAUCCUGCACUUCUUCCUACUCUCCCUGGCUGUCUUCCUCGCCUAUGCCACCUAUGCCUACCUCGUGUUUGGCAUGACCAUGGCACAGGUGAGUCGGACGUGUGUGUGCGGGGGGCGCAUGCGUGGCGCCUUGUGUGGCAGGCUGGUGAGGGCUCUCCCCUCCAUCCUGCACUUCUUCCUGCUCGCCCUAGCAGUCUUCCUCGCAUAUGCCACCUACGCCUACCUUGUGUUUGGCAUGACCAUGGCUCAGGUGCGUGCGUAUGUGUGUUGUGUGUAG